AUGUUAUCCGCAGAACGUCCUUCGAGACCUCGUCCUGUUCGAUACCCCCUCCGACCAACAGCAGCAAAUCAUAUGGCUCCCAUUCAAACGACGCCGUCAGACUCCGACCAUUUAGAGCACAUCUGGAUCAUCACGGGUCCUGCAGGAUGUGGGAAGACCACUGUUGCCCAGCACCUUGCCAAAGAAUUAUCAUUACCCUACGUGGAAGGAGAUGACUUUCAUCCGAUAGUCAACAAGCAGAAAAUGGCCUCCGGCAUUCCACUCACUGACGCAGACCGCUGGGACUGGCUGAUCACCCUACGAGAAGAAGCACUCAGACAUCUGCGGACCUCCAACGGCGUGAUUGUGACCUGUUCCGCGCUCAAGCACAAAUACCGCGACGUUAUUCGAGUCGCAAAUUACGAGCAUCCUUCGGUGCAAGUCCACUUUGUCUACCUCAAGGUGGACGAAGGUACCUUACAAAGGCGAGUGGCGGCGCGGGUGGGUCAUUACAUGAAGGAGAGUAUGGUUCACAGCCAGAUGGUGGCACUGGAGGAACCCGAAGAAGACCUUGAAUGGGAUGUACUGCCGGUCGACGUCCGGGAAGACAAAGAAUCCGUCAAGAAACACGCCCUAGAUCUUGUGCGCCGGAAGCUGAAGGAGUAUGAGGACCUGACCGGCCAGCUGAAUGGAUCAUAA